AUGCUAUUCUGUCGUUCCUACGUGGCCAGGGUGCCCAGGAUCUUUCGUGCCAGGUUUGUUUCAACUUUGACAUUCAUUGAAACUACAGCAGACGGUAAAAUAUCACCAUCCACUUUUAAUAAUCUUGCAGCUGCGAAAAGGAUUUCUAAUUCUAACACUGCAUUGAUUUUGGGUUCGAAUGCCUCGAAAGUGGCUGAACAAUUCAAUAAUUUGGGGUCCUCGCUUGGUUUAGAGAAAAUACUAAUCUUAGAAAAUGCAAAAUUGGAUCAUUCUCUUCCUGAAUAUGUGGCUCCAAUCCUUAAGAACGUCUUAGAGACAGGGAAGUUUACACAUUUCAUUAUGCAGAAUUCUAAUGUAGGGAAAAAUAUCUUACCUCGUCUGGGUGCCUUGAUGAAUUGCCAACCAAUUUCGGAUGUGGUAGACAUACAGGACCCGAAAACAUUUAAGAGACCAAUGUAUGCGGGGAAUAUCUUAGCCACAGUGGUCUCUGAGCAAAAAAUUAAUUUGUUAUCCGUCAGAUCCUCAUCCUUUAAAUCCAUUGAUGUCAAUAAUGAUGGGACUCCUAGUGAAAAAAUUACCAUUGAAACUAUCCCAUACAAUGAUGGUGAUUCCAAGGCUGUCACUAUUGAGUGGGAAUUUGCAGAUCUAAUGGAUAAUACAGGCCGUCCGGAUUUGGUCUCGGCGAAGAAUGUCAUUUCCGGAGGGAUUGCCUUGAAAGAUAAAACGACAUUUGAUGAAUUACUUGAACCCUUAGCUGAUGCUCUUAAUGCAGGUAUUGGAGGAACAAGGGCAGCUGUUGAUAGUGGAUUAUGUGAUAAUUCUUUACAAAUUGGUCAAACUGGUAAAAUCAUUGCACCAGAUCUUUACAUCGCCAUUGGAAUUUCCGGUGCCAUUCAACAUUUGGCAGGUAUGAAAAAUGCUAAGACAGUGGUUGCAAUUAAUAAAGACGCUGAUGCCCCUAUAUUUAAAGCAUCAGAUUAUGGAUUGAAGGGUGAUUUAUUUGAGAUUGUGCCACAAUUAACCGCUAAAUUGAGAGAAAUGAAAAAAUAA